AGGACGGAGGAUCAUGCUUUCAUCUUUAACAGCGUUUAUCAGCCUACACGUAGAGCCUCCAAGCAGUACGACUGACUCGGUCAAACGCGAGAGCGUAAUUAUUACGUGUGUUGGGGUGGCUUGAUCAGUGCAGUUAGGUGCCUAAUCGACAUAGAGCCAAAUUGGACGCACUGAUAAUAAAAAAAAGUAGGUUCGAUAUGAGGGAGUUGUUCUUUCCCACCAUUACGAUGAGUUUAUAUUGGCCUAGAACAAUUGAACCACAGUUACUCACAGGGGGAAGGGAGGAGGAACUUACCUAAAAGAGGACCGAUACCUUUACUUCCAACGCACUACAACCUUACUAUGGGACGUUAUAUCAACCAACAGUUCGUUUUCAAACGCCAAAACGGUAAAGCUGACUUCACUCGAAAUGUUUCCGAGGGAUGUGUCCACUGCCUUAGGCACCGGAAACCCGAAGAGCCUCCAAUGAGCCUCUGUGGGGGCUGCAAGAGGGUGCGCUACUGCUGUAAGGAACAUCAAAGGGCACACUGGCGUUUGCACAGAAGCUUCUGCAAGCAAGUGCAAGCUGGCGUAGAUACCGUUGAUGAUUAUUACAAUCAACAGCGCCGUCUAGUCGAAGACUGGGUCGAGACUCAUCGUUAUGAGAUGAUUGCGAUGAUCACCUGGUACAUCCGUCGAAACGCGUUUGAUCGACGAAACGAUGCCUUCUUCGUCAUGCUCGACAAAAUCCUAGCAACGACCUUUCAGGUGAGGGGACCACCGCACGUGCAUAAAAUGGGACGUAUGCUCGAGGUCGAUGAAGCCGAGGCGCAAGACAAAGCCGAGAGGCCCAAUGACAAAAUUAUUGGGUAUUUCUACUGUUGCUGUAAGGAUUAUCCUCUCUGUGAAAACCGAACUCACUAGACACCUAUAGUCUCCAUUGUCAGGAAUGGACAC